GCAGUGGCGACGCACCGGGCAUUCUGUGGGUAGCUCCUGGGCGCGCUUCCGACCCAGCUUCUUGUUCCGGCACCGAGGACGCCAGACUGACGGCUUUGACCCGCUUGGCACUGGGUGGACGGCAUCUCGGCCCCCAAAUGAGCCAAUGGCAUCAUGCCCGCAGUGGCUGGGGUCGGGGACGCGACUUUUCUGGUCGUCCCUCAGCAAAGAGAAAGGGCGGAAACCGCAUCCCGGAAAGGUGGAAAGACUAUCUCCCAGUUGGACAGAGGAUGCCUGGGACUCGAUUCAUUGCUUUCAAAGUUCCUUUGCAAAAGAGUUUUGAAGCGAAACUUGCUCCAGAAGAACGCUUUUCUCCUCUGGAUCUUUUUAACAAAAUCCGAGAACAAAAUGAAGAGCUUGGACUGAUUAUUGAUUUAACAUAUACUCAGCGCUAUUAUAAGUCAGAGGAUUUGCCAGAAACUAUUCCUUACUUAAAAAUUUUUACAGUUGGGCAUCAAGUGCCUGAUAACAACACUAUUUUUAAAUUCAAAUGUGCUGUUAGUGGAUUUUUGAAAGAAAAUAAAGACAAUGACAAACUUAUUGGUGUCCACUGUACACAUGGCUUAAACCGGACUGGUUACCUCAUCUGCAGAUAUUUGAUUGAUGUAGAAGGCAUGAGGCCAGAUGAUGCAAUUGAAUUAUUCAAUAGGUGCCGGGGACAUUGCAUAGAAAGACAAAACUACAUUGAAGACCUUCAGAAUGGUCCUGUCAGAAAGAAUUGGAAUUCCAGUGUAUCCAGGUCAAGUGAUUUUGAAGACUCAGCACAUCUCAUGGAACCAGUCCACACCUCUAACAAGUCUGGUAACCAAGGGUCUAGGUAUAACUUACAUCGGACCUAUGGUUAUCCAAUGCCUUCCCGGCGUUUUCACACCCAGUCCCCACACUUGCAGCAGCCAUUCAGAAAAUUUUCACAAAAUCAGAAUGUUUACCAGAGAGGCCAUAUCCCUCCUCCUGGCCCUGCUGGAGAGGACUAUUCACAAAGGAGAUACUUUUGGAAUGUGAAGCCAAAUGGCAGUCAAGCAGUCCAGGAUAAGAGGUGGUGUCCUGGCAGUUAUCAGAGACUGUCCUAUCCAGCCUACUGGGGAUGGACCGAGUGAUACAAAACCUGUCCUGGAUAUCUCCCUGGAGACCAGAGCUGCACUGAAGAUAACUGGAGUGACUUAAUAAAAUCAGGUCAAAUGAGGUUUUUCAGGUCAAAUGAGGUUUUUGCUUGUUUUUUUUUUUUUUAUUUUUUAUUUUAUAUGUAUCUAUUUUAUUGUUUCCUUUAUAUGUGUUCAAGCUUUUAAAGGAAUUACAUUAAUAUUUACCUUUUUGCUGAUAAAUUUACAGUAAUUACAGCAAUACCAAAACAAAACAAACAAAAAACAGAACAAAAUCUGUCAUUCCAGUCUUAAAGUUUUCUAAAGGAAGAUGAUAUUUUAGAACUUAAGUAUUAAGAACUUCUCUUGCAAGUUAUUUUUUAAAAUAGUAUCUUUUUUCUAUGUAUUUUCUUCUGACUAGACUUGUAACAUAAGUUUGUGUAUGUACAGAAAUUUUUAGUGUUUUUUGUCAUGUUCUAUUGACCCAGUCAUAAGGGUAUCUUUUUUCCAUAAUUCUUCAAAAUUUCAAUUAAAAUUUACCUAGGAGAAAAUUUCUUUAGAAGCUAGUCACUAUCUGUAAUUAAUUGUGGUGUUUUUGUGAUUAUAUAUUUCUUUCUUUGGCAGUUUUUUUGUGGUAUUUGACCAACUUCCUUUCACUGAAUUGCCAGAUAUACCAUCUAACCCAGAGAUGGAUAAAAUUUGAGAGAUUGGUUAGCAGUUGGGUGAGAGAAACUGAUUUGAUAAACCAGAAUGCUGGUUAAUUAAAUCAAAUCAUUAUUUACCUGAUAGGGUAAAUGUCAUGAAUAGGGUAGAACUAUCCAGAAAACUUAGAAACUUUAUCGAUUAUAAAGGUUGACUGAUGAACAAAUGGGGUGUGACUAUAAAUUGCCUGGGAUAUCUGGCAUGUUUUGAUGUUAUUGCUCCUCUGCUGAACAUAACCCUCUGGGAUUUUUCUCCAGUUACCUAUCACUGGAGUGGUGCUUUACCUCAAGAACAUGAAGGUAGAUCAUUUGGGAGAAUGUUAAUUAUUUUUAGUGCAGAGGGAGCCAGAAACCUUUGUUUACCCAAGCCAAGUGUCUCAUCAUCCUCUCAAUCAAUAUUUGAUGAAUACUUGGGCAACUUGGCUUCCUUUUUUAAAGCCUCUGGUUUUGAGGAUUUCUGAUACUGCAUAUGAGGGUAUUUUCUCUGUUCUCUCUUGUGUAUGAACAAUCUGACUUUAAGGAAGUAUUCUACUUCAGCUGUUCUUGCCUGUAUCUGAUUGGCUCAAUCAGAGUACUCUAUUUGAUCUAAGUAAUGGCUCAUAAAGUUUUUCUCUGCUCUCCACAUUUAACAGAGAUACAAAAGUCCUUCUUGCUACAAGCCUACUCUUAUAGAAUUGUUCCCCAGGAUACAUCCUGAAGGCUCACAUUGGAAGAAAUUGGAGCAAGACAACUGUAAGGCAAAGCAGAAUCAGCAGGGGUAGGUAUGGGAAUCCAGCUAGUCUCAUAGUUGUGAAAAAGGCCUUGGCAAGCAGCUUCAAAGGAAAACACUCCCAGUAGAAAGGGCCAUCAUAUAAGCUUUGCCUCCUUCAAAAAUUUUUAUUUAUCAUCCCUUUUGUAUUCUCCCUUAUUUUAGCUAUCAGCAUGGCUUGUUUAAAAAAAAAAGCAAAACUAAUUAGGAUUUGAUAUCUCCUGUUUCAUUUAUUCUGUAACACAUUGGUUCUGGUUUCUGCUCAUACCAUUGAAAGGCUUCUGGCUGAAAGGACCAGCAGCCCCCUUUUAAAAAGGGCUUUCGUAGUCUGUUCAGGCUUUUAAAAUUUAUGUUUUUAUUUUAAAAGCACAUUUUAAAACUCAGAUAGCUCUACUGAGAUUACCAUGAAAAAGAACAGUCCUCUACCCUGCCCCAAUAUUCUUUUCUCAGAAGCAACCACCUUAAGUAUUUUCAUGUUAUCAUCUGGUAUUUGGCUCCAUUAUUUAAAUAAUAUGACUAUAGCCACUUCUUGUUUUUUCAAUUUAUGAUACUAUGGUAGAUGAGGAGAAUGCUUUUGCAGACCUUCUACCCAUUCCACACAUAAAACUUGUUAAAUCUGUUCUAAAUUCAUGUUACUAGGUAAAUAUUAUUCCAUGAGCCAUAAGGUACCAUAGUUACGUUUCUUAUAAUCCCCUUUUCCCUGUCAUUUUUGCUUCAUUUUUUGCCUCUUUCCCUAUGGACCUAUCACUAGUUCGUACCCCAAAUCUCUAAUAGCAUUAUAAAAUAUCUCAACAUGGGUAAAUUCAUCAGAUUCUUUUUCAUUUGAAAUCUUCCCUGGAGCCCUCUUGGUCUGUUUCAGGUUAGGUUCUGUGUUUGUUUUCUAGGGCUACCAUAACAAAAUACCACAGACUGGGUAGCUUAAAUUACAGAAAUGUGUUUGCUAAUAGUUCUGGAAACUAGAAAAGAUAAAGAUGUCAGCAGGGUUGAUUUCUUUGAGGCUUAUCAUUUUGUGGAUGACUGGUUCUUCCUGUGUCUUUGCAUGGUCUUUCUUUUGUGUUUGUCAGUGUCCUAAUCUCUCUCUCUCUCCAGUGGUUUUUUGUUGGUUUGGUUUAGGUUUUUGGUGGUGCUAGGGAUUGAAUCCAGGUCCUCACUUACUAGGGAGGUGCUGUACCUCUGAGCUACAUCAUCAGCCCUUUCCUCUUAAAAGGAUGUCAGUCAUGUUGGAUGAGGGCCCAUCCUAGCACCUCACUUGAAUUUACUUACCUGGUUAAAAGCUCUGUCUCCCAACUACAGUCACAUCUCCAGAUGUUGGUAGUUAGAACUUCAACAUAGGAAUUUGGGGGGAACACAACUCUGUCCGUAACAACUCUGUCUCUAGACCUAGGCAUAGCUCCUUCCCCGGAAUUCCACUUCAUCUUUACCCUGUUUAUUUCUUAGGCCUCUCUUGUGUCUCCUGGAUCCUGUAGCUGCUGCUUUCAUGGUUUCCUUCCCUAUUUGGUGGAUUAUAUCCUUCAGUAGUCAAUGGGAUGUAAUUUUUUUUUUAAUAGUAUUUUUUAGUUGUAGAUGGACACAAUACUUUUAUUUUAUUUGUUUAUUUUUAUGUAGUGCCAGGGAUAUAACCCAGUGCCUCACGCAUGCUAGGCAAGCACUCCACCACUGAGCCCCAACCCUGGCCCCCAGGAUGUAAAUUUUUUAAAAUUCUUUAGUGACAAAUUGAUUUAUUUUUUUCUUCAUUAAUAGUUGAAUUUGCUAUAAAAUUGCAGGUGAGCACUUUUAAAUGCAUGUAUACAUUGUUCUGCAUGUCAUUGUUACUGUUGAAUCCUGUAACUAUUCUGAUUCUAGAGCUUUUAUUUUUUUUUUCUUGAAGCUUUAAGGUCUUUAUUUCAGGUGUCUUAAUGUAUUUUAAAAUGCAUAAUACUAUAUUUAGUGAGCUUUUCAAUCUGGCAAGUUAUGAGAAAUUUUCAUUUUUAUGCUCUUCUGGGGGAACUAGUUGAAUGUUGGAUUUUCUGAAAUGUACCUCUAAGUUAAUUGUAUAUUUUUUUCUCCUAUUUUCUAUUUUUAAGCCCUUUGCUUUUUUAAAAAAUCUGCUGUUUUCUAAACACACACUUGUGUGUAUGUAAUUAUAUAUUUUUUUCGGGGUUUUUUUAUAUGUGUAUAAUUUUAAAGAGAUGGGAUCUUACUAUGUUGCCCAGGCUGGUCCUGAAUUACCAGGCUCAAGCAAUCCUUUGCCUCAGCCUCCUGAGUAGCCAAGACUUUGGGCUUAUUCUACUACCACCUCUAAUACUUAUUUCUAAGAACUAGCUCUUUUUUUUUUUUAUGAAUGUAUUAUCUUUUAUCUCUUUAAUGAUACCUGUUUUUAAAGUUCCUUUUGAUCUCCGCAUCAACUUUCUUUUUUCCCUUGUUUGUGCCUCUGUUUCUCAUGUUAGAGGUGUUCUUGAAAUACCUGGUAACCCUAUUUAUUGGCCCUGUCUAUAUUUAAGAUUGGGGCAUUAAAACUGAUGGAAGCUCUGUUUUCUCAUAGUAAUAAGGUGAUUGGUCACUUUGUUUUCUGUUUACUUUCCCACUGCUGCACACAUUUAGGUUUUAUUUUUCUCCAUUUUGAUAGUAUCAUCUUUGAAAAUUUUAUUGCCAUCUGUCAUCUAUAUUCAUCAUCUAUCCCACUUUUUUGGGAAUUUUUAUCUUUAAAUAUACCUUUACUGUUAUUUGGUGGGGUUUGAGUAGGGGCUAGAGAUAGCUAUGAGACCCAGCAUAAUGAGAAUUUAAUUGCCAAAUAAAUUGCUGUAAGGGUUUAUCCUCAGUUUGGUAAGCUUGAGUUUUUAAAAAAAUUUAGUGCAUUGUGUCCCAGGAGUGCAGGCCAUUGAGUUAUGAUUUGGAGCCACAAACAUUCCUACUAUGGAAGGAGGCCCCAUCUAGGAUCCUGUCUAAACCUUCUUUCCAGUGAAAUUGCAAUAACUGUCCCAGAAUUAUGUCCUGAAAAUAGUUCAGUCAUGUUAUUCUCCUCUUGGAAAUCUUGAAUGGCUUAUGGGCUUCAGAUUCCAUUUUUAGCUCCUUGUCAAGGCUUUCUUUAUCUGACUGCAAGCUGACUUCUCAAAGCCUUUUACUAUGUUCCACUCCAUGUCUGUGUGCCAGCCAUUUCAUGGUACAUUGCGCCAUAUACAUUUAUGCCACCAUGUGCUUAUUCUUCCAGGUUGUUCCCUUGGCUGUAGUCUCUCCCCUGUGGUUGCUGUGAGCCAGUCCUUCUCAUUGUAUAAGCUACAUCUCUAUAAAGUCUUUUCUCCCAUCCCUGCCCACUAAGGGAAAGAUCCCUUUUUCAACAACUUACCUUGUCAUUUUAUUUAUGUCUUGUGCUAUAUGAAAUACAGGUUCUAGGGCACCAUCUCAGGCUUCCUCAACCCCUUCCUUCUCUGAAAGCACCGUCUGCCUCUGGGUCCACAUUCCCCUUUUUUAAAAACCUUUGAUACCAAAUCUUAUUGAGAUCCCCAAGUUAACUAGAAUCCAAGUUAGCUCUGGGCCUGCAAGGUCCUUCCAGCCCUGCACCUUGUAUACUCUCUUCACAGAUAUGGCCCUACUUUAGAGGAAAUGCUAUACAAUAGCUUUCUGGGCUGCCACUGAAGGGUGAGGUAAUGAUCCAGAAGUGUGGAGGAGUCUGCUCCCUCUAGGGGUUCUUGAUGAAUGAAGUGUUGAGGACCAGAGGGAGCCUGCCCCUUCUUUUCCCUGCUGAACACUACUCUCAACCAUGUUUCUGAGCCUUCCAGAGAAGGUCCGGCUUACUGAGUGAAUACACAUGCCAGACAUCCUGCACGUCUUUCUGGCUCAUUGUAAAGCAACGUUGCAUCACAUUGCUUAGCAUUGCUUCUUGCUUCGCUUACCCUUUUCUUCACCCUUACCACUCUGUUUUUAAAUACUGCAAAUAAAAUACCAGUGAUUUAA